UCUUCAAGCUCUCGUGCCUCUCAGCCAAUCAGCGACCUGCUCUGUAAACUCAGUAACGCUGAACUCGCUCGCGCUGGAUUGGUCAUAUCGUCCAAUAGGAAGUUUGUAGCGUUGGCUCCAUUUAAGAAAUUGUCCUGUCGACAUUAUUUAUUGUUAACAUGCGUUUGUCAUAUACCGCUCUUCUUUGCCUCGGUGUCCUACACACAGUGGGGGUGAUCGCGGAGGGAAGCGGCGACGUGCUCGAGCUCGAAGACGCCGAUUUUGAGCGGCGUGUAGCCGAGCAUGAGACCCUGCUCGUGGAGUUCUUCGCUCCGUGGUGUGGUCACUGUAAGAGGUUAGCUCCUGAAUAUGAAGCUGCUGCUACCAGGCUAAAGGGCACAGUACCUCUAGCAAAGGUCGACUGCACUGCAAACUCUGAGACAUGUAUGAAGUUUGGGGUGAAUGGGUAUCCCACUCUAAAAAUCUUUCGAAAUGGCGAGGUGGCCUCUUCAUACGAUGGUCCUCGGACAGCAGAUGGCAUUGUGAGCUAUAUGAAGAAGCAGUCUGGCCCAAGCUCUAUAGCUCUACACAGUGAAGCUGAUUUGGAUGCUUUCAUAAAUGGUUUUGAUGCCAGUGUUGUAGGCUUUUUCUCAGGAAGUGAUCAUCUGGAGCUUGCUGCGUUUCUGAAGGCCGCCAGUGCUUUGAGGGACAGCUAUCGAUUUGCCCACGCUACAGACCUGGGAAUAGGACUAAAACAUGGCGUGGACAGAGAGUGCGUCCUGCUUUUUCGGCCUCCACACAUGAGCAACGUGUUUGAGGAUAGUGUGCUGAAGUUUUCUGAUUCUGUCUCAACCUCUACGUUACGCACAUUUCUCAUGGACAACAUUUUUGGCCUUUGUCCUCACCUGACCUCUGAGAACAGAGACAGUCUGAGAUCCAGAGAUCUGCUUACAGCCUAUUAUGAUGUUGAUUAUGUGCGGAAUCCAAAGGGUACAAAUUAUUGGAGAAACAGGGUGAUGAAGGUGGCGACUCAGUUCCUGUCUCGUGGGCUGAGUUUUGCUGUGGCUGACCAGGAAGAGUUUCAGGAGGAGCUGGCGGAGGAGUUUGGACUGCAGUUGUCUGAUGGAGGAGAGAUGCCCCUUAUUACUAUCCGGACCAGAGCAGGACACAAGUACAUCAUGCGGGAGGAGUUCACGAGAGAUGGUAAAUCUUUGGAAAGGUUCCUGGAGGAUUAUUUUGCCGAUCACUUAAAGAAAUACAUUAAAUCUGAGCCUGUACCAGAAACAAAUGAUGGUCCUGUCAAGGUUGUGGUGGCUGACACUUUUGACGAGAUUGUGAACAAUCCAGAGAAGGAUGUACUCGUAGAGUUUUUUGCUCCAUGGUGCAGCCAUUGUAAAAAUCUGGAGCCUACAUAUACUGAGCUUGGAGAGAAGUUGUCUGGUGAUUCCCACAUUGUUGUUGCUAAGAUGGAUGCCACUGCCAAUGAUAUUCCUCCAGAUUAUGAUGUACAAGGCUUCCCAACAAUUUACUUUGCUCCUGCUGGACAAAAAGACCAGCCAAGGCGUUAUGAGGGUGGACGUGAGGUCAGUGACUUCAUCAGCUACCUGAAGAAGGAAGCUACAAAUCCACUGGUCUUUGGCAAUCUAAGGGAUGACCUAUGAAUUUGACCUGACAGUGAGAAAAGUCCAGCAGAUGAUAUCUGUUGACACUGUGGACAAAAAGACAACACGUGUUAUUUUGUCCCCAAUUUAGCAAUGUUUUGUUUUUUAUAAUAUUGAUACCUGUCCAAAUUACCAAAUGGGUUACAUGAAGCUUCUCCACUACUGCACAUGUGGAUUACACAUAUAAUAGGUUGAACCUGUAUUUUUGCAGUUUUUAUUAUAAAGUUUGUUAUUGUUGGAGGCCACAAUUUUCUUUGUAUUGUGCAUAUUCAAGGAAAUGCCUAACACUUAAACAUUUUUUUUUUAAUUGUGUGUGUGUGUGUGUGUGUAUAUAUAUAUAUAUAUAUAUAUAUAUAUAUAUAUAUAUAUAUAUAUAUAUAUAUAUAUAUAUAUAUUUGUCUAGGUGAAGACUAAGGAAUAUGGACAAAACCAGCAUAUUGUGACCACAUUGCCACUGUGGAAUGCCCUAAAUUAUAUUAACGGAAUUUGGUGAAUAUGUAAUGUGUUACAGGUAAAUGCUGUCCUGCAUUCAUUUGACCAAUUUAUUUUCUUCUUUUUUAUUUUUAUUUAUUUUUUUAAAUUAUUUUUCAACUUUUGCAUUGAACAAAAGGCCAAUGUUCUAUUUGGAUAUGGUUUAUAAGACUGCUCAUUUUCAUGGUGUGGUCUUCCAUGAUAUCCGUAUUGAAAAGGUCAUUGUCAAAGUUAAUGAACAAAUAUACUGUUUAUUGUUUAACCCUUCUCUAGAUGAACAAGUAGCCAACAGUUAAAUGUCCUUUUCUUUACGCUGAGCACUUCACUAAUGUGUUCAUUUUAAUGUGUUUGCUAGUUUAAAUCCAAAAACAUCAGUUAAGAUAAUUCUAAUUAUGUAGGGGGCAUGGUGGCUUAGUUAGCACUGUUGCCUCUCAGAGGUGCUCCCCGUGCUUCAGAGGUUUCCCCCAGGUAGUCCGGUUUCCUCCCCAGACAUGUGUGUGCGAUUGUGUCCUGCGAAGGUUUUGGUACCACAUCCAAAGAGUCCCCUGGGAUAGGCUCCAAGCUCCCUGCAACCCUGUGUAGGAUAAACGGUAUAGAGAAUGGACGUGUGUGCGGGUGUAUGUAUAAUACAUUUUUUAUAUAUAUAUAUAUAUAUAUAUAUAUAUAUUUCACUUAGGGGUGUACUCACUUUUGUUGCCAGCGGUUUAGACAUUAAUGGCUGUGUGUUGAGUUAUUUUGAGGGGACAGUAAAUUUACACUGUUACACAAGCUGUACACUCACUACUUUACAUUGUAGCAAAGUGUCAUUUCUUCAGUGUUGUCACAUGAAAAGAUAUAAUCAAAUAUUUACAAAAAUGUGGGGGGUGUACUCACUUUUGUGAGAUACUGUAAAUUUUGCCAUGUAUUUCAUUACAGAAUGGACUCAUACACAAAGUAUACCAUAAUUUAAAGCUCAAUAGCAUUUGAAGGGAUUGACUUACAGUCACACAACCAACUGUAAAGUGUUCAUCUAGCUGUCAGGUAUCACGCACACCUUUUUAGAUUUUUGAUAUUUAAUUUUAAAAAAAAUAAAUUAUCUUUUGUUUUUAGACAAUCCAAUGCUAUUUUCAAAUUGUGGUGAGUAACAGAGACCAGGGACACAGGAUUUUUAUACUAGAUCACUACACAGCGAGUGUUAUACUUCAAGUGUGCUUGAGAGGUCCUGCAAAGAAGAAUGGGAGAAACUGCCCAAAAAUAGGUGUGCCGAGCUUGUAGCAUCAAAUAUGCAAAAAUUUCAAACAAACUUCUUUCACACUGUCAUUAUGGGGUAUUGUUUGUAGAAUUUUGAGGAAAAUAAUGAAUUUAAUCCAUUUUGGAAUAAGGCUGUAACAUAACAAAAUGUGGAAAAAGUGAAGCGCUGUGAAUACUUUCCGGAUGCAUAUAGUAUAUAGGAAAUUAUACUGUAUACUGUAUAUAGGAAAUUAGUAGGCAAUAAUAUUUUAAUGCUUAAUGUUAUCCUGUCAAUCAUUUUGAUUUGCUUAGCACACUUUUUUUCCACACAUUUUGUGUUUUAUGCAUUAAGGAAAAUGGAUAAUGUUGCCUUUCUAAUAAUAUAAUUAUAUUUAUA